AUGGAUGCUGCCGACGAUGUAGCUUUGGCCCCCGGUACCUCCCCCUCUCACCGCCGACACCCCCUUGGCCAACUAGUGUACAUAACAGUGCUCAUCUCUGCGGGCGUGCUCGCCAUGUUCCUCAUGCAUGUGCUGGGUUCCUUACGCCGGAGGUCGAGCAACAAGGCCCUCCACGCUGUCGUAUUGGGAGCUUACACGCUCUCGUACUUACUGGUGAGCUACAGCCUCGGGCUCAUGCAAGACUCAGAGGACUACUUCACCGAGUUUGCUGUGUGGGCAGUGUGCCUGCUCAUGCUCCUCGGCGGUACCGACAACCUCAUGGCGUGCAAACUCGAUGAUGUCGACAACUGGAAGAGCUUCCACGUGAGACACCUCUUCAAGGGAGCACUGGUGGUGCUUAUUGUCGCCUUCUAUGGUGGGGAAGUGAGUGAAUACCAGAAGCCGCUCUGGGGAAUCUUAUGUGUCAAUAUCCUCCAGUCAUGCGUGCGGAUCAAGUCCAUGAGGGAUGCGAGCAAGUCCAACCUGCUCUCCAAGAAUGUGAAGCCAAUCUCGGACUACAUGAAGGGUGAGGAUAAGCGGCAACUUUCUUCAGCCGUGACCAUGAAAGGCUAUAGGUAUGUAGUCGCCGGCGAGCCUAGUCUGAGAAAACAUGGCAAGGAAGCCGUGGACGACAAGGAGAUCACCACCGUGGAGCAGAUCUAUGAGUGCGAGGGGAGCUUGUUAUCCUCCAAGUCCAAGAGAGGUAUGCGGCUCAAGGACAUCUGCCUCUCCAUGGCUCUAUCCAAGAUGCUCAACCGAAGGUUCGCGGGCUUCGAGCUAGCUGAGGUGAAGGCGAACCGUCAGAAAACCAAUGACUUUGUGUUCCAGGGUCUGCUUGCUGGGGACAACAAGUAUGAGCGGGCGUUCAGGGUGAUCGAGGUAGAGCUUGGUUUUGUGUAUGACUUGUACUACACCAGGUAUCCUUUCCUCUACCAAAAGAUCCGCCACUUCGCGCUCGCUCUUCCGGUGGCCAUGGUUACCUUCUGCUCGUGGCUCACCUAUGAGCUCUCUGAGAAACACAAGAUUAAACAAGGUGAAGACGUCCCUCUGACCGCCACCCUGUGUUUGAUGGCUGUUGUCACAUUCUUGGAGGCAUUCCAGCUGUACCUGCACAUGGCCUCAGAUUGGUUUAAGGUGGCGCUGGUCCGGGGCUACGUCACCAGGCAUUAUUUACAAACAAGUGGUUGUACUUGUUUCUCUCAUAUGGUCAUCGGCCUUGUGCUGAGAUUGAAGGCACUCCGGCCAUGGGAAAGCAAGCUCGGGCAGUACUCUCUCCUCGAGAAGUACAACAGCACCCGUUACAGAAGCAAUUGUUGUCAUGUUAUUACACUAUUCCUGGUUGACAAGGCCAAGAAGGGGCGCAAGAGAGGGGAUCUUGUCAAGCUGUCAAUACAAGUGAAGCGAGCAGUCAUUGAUUCCCUCAUCAGAAGCAAAGAUCAGCUGGCAAACGGAGCAAGGUCACUGGAGGACAAUGGCGUCCACGAGCUGCUCUCCUGGGCGUGUGCUGCUAGUGACGAGACGCUCAUCCAUUCCAUACUGGUGUGGCAUGUCGCUACAACCAUUUGCAAGAACCAGCUUGAUGCCGAGCCGACCAAAGGUGCCAAGCAGAUUGCCGCCGAAGAUAGCAGUGCGGUCGGCACAGCUGCGCCCUCCGUCCAAGAUAGCAGUGCGGUAGCCUCCAGCUUGUCACAGUACUGUGCAUACCUCGUCGCUUUCUCGCCAGACCUCCUGCCGGGUCACAGCUAUGACUCGGAAUCCAUUCUCGAUCAAUCCAUCGAAGAUGCACGUAGCUUCGCACCACUCAAAGGCACCAAGAAGAUGAAGGAUAAGUGCAAGAUACUUCUGAGCACCAGCAUAAAUGACAAUCACCCCGUCGCUCAGGGAGCUCGGCUUGCCAGGCAGCUGAUGGAGAUCCAAGACAAGGCACUGCGGUGGAAAGUGCUCUCAGAUUUCUGGGCAGAGAUGAUGCUCUACGUUGCACCGUGUGACGAUGGCCAGGCCCGGGCGCACCUGGAGGCCCUGGCGAGAGGAGGGGAAUUCAUCACGCACCUGUGGGCUCUGCUCACGCACGCCGGCGUGCUGAAGCGUCCGCCGAAUGGAUCAGAGGCCGCCUGAUGGA